AAAUAAGUGAACCACGCAGGGUCCUUCCGGGGGGUGACCUUCAGCUGGCCAUUCGGGAUGAUGGACUUUCCAUCCCAGAACCAUGGCUCCAUUUGUCCGUAACCUUGUGGAGAAGACCCCAGCACUGGUGAAUGCUGCUGUGACUUACUUGAAGCCUCGAUUGGCCGCAUUUUGAUACUACACCACGGUUGAGCUGGUUCCUCCCACCCCUGCUGAGAUCCCUAGAGCUAUUCAGAGCCUGAAAAAAAUAGUCAGUAGUGCUCAGACUGGUAGCUUCAAACAGCUCACAGUUAAGGAAGCUUUGCUGAAUGGUUUGGUGGCCACUGAGGUAUCGAUGUGGUUUUAUGUCAGAGAGAUCAUAGGCAAGCGUGGCAUCAUUGGCUAGAAUGUUUGAAGACCAGUCUUAACAUCUGAUUAUAUUUGAUUUAUUAUUUGAGUGUUGUUGGACCAGGUGUGAUCAGACUGCGAUCUGAAUA